AUGUCAGAUCGGGUGGAAAGUGUUGGCGUCUAUAUAGACGACCGUGUGCGAACGGAACGCUGGGUGCGACGGGGUUCUAUCGACACGUCGACUGUCUCGUCCAUCGGGUCUCUUGCGUCCCCCGACGAGCCCGAGGCGCUACAGGCCGAUGUGGACCUAUUGCUGAAUGUGUGCAAGAAGAUCUACCUAUGUCACACCGGGUCCUCUUUUGCGACCAAGCUCGCAGAGCUCAGCGACCGUUCCAACAGUGAUUGCACACCCAUUUUUGCCUUCUGUGGAGUCGACUUCGGGCACGAUGAGAGUAAUGUCGCUCGCCGUAAGGCCAGUCGGGCUUCCUGGGCAGACACGGCUCCUCCGUCACCUGGAUCGGUGCAGCGGACUUUUACCUUUUCUUCCCACUUGGACGAUGCCCCGGGACUUUCGCUCCUGAGUGGAGUCUCAACUGAUAUUCAGGUGCAGGAUGGCCUCAACCUCGUCAUGCCGAUUGCUCUUCUACGCGCUGCUGGCCCGGAUACACAGGAAACCACCGCUGCGGAGCCGACCAGCGAUCCGCAAAGUCGGAGCUCCCUCACGUCCGAACACAAGCAGAUCGCCCGAUGCCUCGAUGCGGGUGCGGUGGAUGUUUUGCUCACUCCGCUCGACCCAGCUCGCCUCCACAGUCUGGUGGUCCAUGCGUAUCGGACGCGACGAAAUGCCCAGAAGGAAAUGUCUCGCUUCCUCGCGCGGAAGAAGCUUCGCAAGUUGUCCUGGGUUGGGGUACACGAAGAAGAACCUUAUGCGUAUCUACGAGAGGCAAUGGUGUCAAAACUCAUGAAAGGGAUCUGCAAUCCCGAGGAGAUCAUUGACGAAUUCCAGGACCGGGAUCUGGACGUGCGUUCGGACCGCAAAGCUUUGAUCACCGAGCAGGUUGGGAAGUGGGACUUUUGCGCACAUGAUUUUUCCGAAGACGAACUGGUGGUCGGCGCGUGUGCGAUGAUCUCCCACGCUUUUAGCCUUCCAGGUCUGGAACACUGGCGGUUAUCAGAAGAGGAGCUGCAAACCUUCCUGCUGGCUUGCCGAGCCGCCUACAACUCGUUUGUCCUCUACCACAACUUCCGUCACGCCAUCGACGUCCUACAGUCCGUAUUCUGCUUCCUCCUCAACAUUGGCGUCCUGCCCCCCUACGGCCCGAUUGACCAACCCCCGGUGACCAAAUCCCCUAUCGCGUCCCUUCUUACCCCCUUUGACGCCCUCACCCUCCUGAUCUCCGCCAUCGGGCACGACGUCGGACACCCUGGUGUCAACAACUUCUUCCUUGUGAAGCUCAACGCUCCCCUCGCCCAGCUGUACAAUGACAACUCAGUUCUCGAAGCGUUUCACUGUGCUGCCUUCUCUCAGAUUCUGCGCCGCCACUGGCCGGCCGCCUUCAAAGACAAGCAAUUACGAAAGCUCCUCAUCAGCUCGAUUCUGGCAACCGACAUGGGAGUACAUCAAAAAUUUAUGGAGCGCAUGGGUUCGCUCCAAGAAAAGUUCUACGCAAACCACAAGUCGGUUGAUGGGUGGAAACCUCAGGAUCUGGAGCUGUAUAAGACCCUGCUCUGUGGGUUGUUGAUCAAGUGCGCCGACAUCAGCAACGUGGCCCGGCCGUGGGCGAUUGCGGAGAAAUGGACGCAAAUUCUGCAGGAGGAGUUUGCUAAUCAGGGCGAGAUGGAGAAGGAGGUUGGGAUGGAAACCGCUCUCUUUGGCGGUCCUCCCGAGUUGGGCAACAUCUAUAAGCUGGCGACCAGUCAAAUUGGUUUCAUGUCGAUCUUUGCACUUCCGCUCUUCGAGGGCGUGGAGGAUCUGCUACCGCAACUGCGCUUCACCGGGGAGCAUAUUCGCAGUAACCAGGCGCAGUGGCAGCAGUUCGCCACUCAGGAGAUGAUGCGCAAGAAAGGCCUGCGCCUCGAAGACUCGAGCGAGGCCGCGAUCUCGCCUCUUUCUCGCAGCCCCAUCAUGACCCCCGCCGAGCCUGUCGAGUCGAGUGAUAGUACGCCCAGGGCCGUGCCGUCAGAUGCUGAACUCGAUCGGAACGAGUCCGAUUCCCCUGCUUCGUCUGACCGCACAGAAUCACAACCUCGUGAAUACAAUGAAAACACCAUCGAGCCUGUCGUAUCGCCUGACACUCCGGGGCCACAAAUCGAGAUUACCGGAACGCCCAUGGAGCUUGAGCCCACGAAUACCCGAAAGUCCUCCAACGCCAUGCCGGACCUUUCGUACUUCUCUAUCCCCACCGCACCGCAAUCAGCACGAGGGUCAAAUGCUACUGAGUAUCAGAAUCCCAUCACCGAUACCUCGUCCCGUCCAUCGGGAGACCCGGCGGUCCUUGCUGCUGCGUUGUACGCCAAUCCGGGCAACGAUAGCGGGAAUGUCUCUACCAAGCAUGACGAUCAGGCUCGAUCGUCGGGCGAUCGCCCCAAUAGCUCUCGCAAUGGACCACAGUCCGACAAGAGGGGUCAUCACGCGCACCAUAGUUCAUCCGUUCGUACGUCCGGUCCGUCAAUGUCUACACGCAACAGCUGCACCCGCACCCAAAGUAUGAGCACAUACGGCAACAAUGUGACACCUGUAUCGCCUGCGACCAAUGCGACAAGCUUCCUCCAGGUGGACAGUGGGGACGAAAAGCGUGCAUCGGACGAGAGUGCACCUCAGAGUGAUCUGGGAGGUCUGGACGACAGCAGCACGCGACCCAGUACAUCUUAUGCAUCUCACCUCGGGGACCAUGAAAGUAACUAUAGUCCUAGUCCCAGCAUUUCGAAGCAUCCUAGUCAUGCCCGUUCCGAAGGCGACGGGAGUCAUCAGACCUCGUCCCACCUCGCAUCGAAUGGCACCCGCAGCCCGACGCCCCACUCCAGUACUACUGGGGACAGUGGCAGGAACGAUCCGUCCGGACGAGAAUCUCGUAGAGAUUCCAAUGAUGGAGUUCCUCGGCGUCUUCCCAAACGAAGAAGCCGACUGCGACUUGCAUUCUGGAAGCGCCGUAAUCACCACCAAGAGGUCCACGGUGGCUCAUGA